UAUAAACGAACCCCUCAUGUUGGGGAAGAUCACACAACUUAAUUAUAAGAUCGAUCUGAUUACUUAAUUACAGUACUUACAUACACACAUAUAUACUUCACUUCUCUAGCUAGCUAGCCAGCCAGCCAAUUGUAAUUAUUUUAAUUUAAGCUAGCUAGCUACAAUAACCAUGAAUCACUUGGCCUUUGCAUUUGGCCUUCUAGGUACGCAAUCUGUCAUGCAUUAAACCAUUUUUUAAAUCUUUUUCUUGUUGCUUAAUUAAUGCUCUUACCAUACAAUCAUACAUUGUAGUAGUAUAUUUCUAGCUCAAUAUUUAACCACAAAAUAAACGAGAGUAUUUUGAUCUCAAGAUGAUGACGGACGGAAUGAAUUAGGUCUUAGGCUUAAACAGUUCCUUUUUAUAUCUAAUACUAAAAAUAGAAUAAAAUGAGAAAAGGCUAAUAUUUGCAUUUUAGUCCUUGAGCUCUUGUUCUUUAUUAUAUUGAACUCCCUGAUAAUAUGUAAACCCUUGGUUGGAUUGGUUUCCUAACAUGAGACACAUACACACAAAUAUAAUAUAUACACGUAUAUAUCUAAGAGAAACAGUAGCCAUGCAUCUAGUUUUGCCCUAAAACUAUUCAGUAAAGUAUGGUAGAGCAUGCGUAGUACGUUAAACAUUGUGCUUCGCUUCAUUCUUCAAUAUAUAAUUCAUUCAUGUAUUAUUAGCUUAAUUACUUCCAUGCAUGCUGCUUUUGGAUUUGGUGGAUUUUAAUAAGCAUAUGUUUCCUGUAUUGAUAUGGAUGUGCUGCAGGCAACAUUGUCUCAUUCAUGGUGUUCCUUGCACCAGUUCCAACGUUUUACAGGAUAUACAAGAAGAAGACGGCGGAAGGGUACCAGUCGGUGCCGUACGUGGUUGGGCUGUUCAGCGCCAUGCUUUGGAUUUACUACGCUUUCCUCAUGCCCGACACCACUCUCCUCAUCACCAUUAACUCCGUCGGCUGCUUCGGUCAAACUCUCUACAUUUCCUUCUACCUCUUCUAUGCCCCCAAAAAGGCUAGGCUCGACACGGUGAAACUUGUUAGUCUCCUGAACGUAUGCGCAUUCGGUCUAAUUGUUCUGGUCACUCAAUUUCUGGUGAAAGAGCCGUUAACCAGAGCCCAUAUUGUGGGGUGGAUUUGCCUAAUUUUCUCUCUCUGUGUCUUCGUCGCACCAUUGGGUGUUGUGAGGCAAGUGAUAAGGACAAAAAGCGUGGAGUAUAUGCCAUUUCUGCUCUCCUUCUUCCUGACACUGAGCGCCGUGAUGUGGUUCUUCUUUGGGUUACUUCGCAAGGACUAUAAUAUUGCUAUUCCAAAUGUACUGGGCUUCAGCUUCGGCGUGAUCCAAAUGGUGCUGUACAUGGUCUACAAGAACGCCGGGAAGAAGCAAACUGCCACAGCCGCCGGCAUGGAACAAAAGCAGCUGCCUGAGAUGAGCAGCGGUGAGCAGUUGAUGGUGGCCUUCGGGGCGGGGAAGCAGCUGCCGGCAGAGCUUCGGGAGCAGAUAAUAGAUAUUGUGAAGCUGGGCACUCUGAUGGCGCUCUCUGAAAAGGCUCCGGCAGCUCCUCUACUCAUGCCUCCACUUCCAGCUGCGGCGGCGGCGUUGCAUGCAUCUGUCUAGCUAGCUAGCUAGUUUAAUUACGUUGUCACGUAAUUAAACUAGUCUACUAGCUAGCUAGUAGACUAGUAAUUAAUUGUAUCUUCCCAAUUAAGUCAUGCAUGCAUGCAAGCCAUUAGCCAUGCAUGCUUCUUUCAUGUCAUUCCUUGAAUUUGUCCUUCAUUGUAAUUCGCACUUCCAUCUGUACUGUAUUUUAAUUUCAUAUCAAUUUCAAUUGCAUCCUCUAUUUUAACUCAUCCGUUGCGAUUUAGUACGUGUUUAUU